AGAACAUCCUCAACCUCCACUAUGCACCAUGGGAGCCGUCUUCGCGCCCGCGGACAUCGAAAAGCUGAUUCAUCAUUUCCCUCCUCUGUCCGUUUCUGCUGAUGAUGGCCGGCCUCCCGUCGUCCGAAGCCUUUCUCAAAACAAUUUGAAGCACUCGGCAGAAGUCCUCCAUUCCUUCAAGGCUCUGGUCGAGAGAAAUAACCAGCGCAUCCUGCAGUCCAGCGUGACGACGAUUCUGGGCAUUGAAGAGGGCAGCGAGAGCAUCAUUUUCGACCAGCUCGAUUCGCAGCUGUACUAUAGUGCGGACAGUCGCUACAUCAUCCCACACCCCCUGAUUGAGAGUAUCGCUGCAGUGCUGAGGGAUCGCGCGUUGAGAGUGGCUGUAGAUCUGCAUGCGUUCACUCGCGAGCAGGAUGUUCGACGUGAUAGCUUGGAUCGCUUGAUCGAGGAGUACUCGGGCAAAGACUGGCCCCGUGUCAUUAUUGAUGUGGAUGCUACCUCCUAUCUCUGCAGUCAUGCAUACUCUGAAAACGUCAGGACGCAAGUCCAUAAUGCCACUUCCGGUGCGGGUCUGGAGAUAUGUAACCUGUCCGCACUCCUCGAUCACGCUAUACCGCCCCCUGUCGUGGCAGCUCUUGCAACAGAAGCCACUUCUGGAAAAGGCGGCGAAGUCCAGUUCUCUGGUGAACAGGUCAUUUACGUGCCGCCAGGCUACAAUGAUGCGACUGCGAAGCGGAGCGAGGAGCAACGCGCCGCGCAAUCAGCGAUCCUGAUGGAACGCCUGGAACAUGAUGGCUUUUGCACACUCAGUGAGUCGGCCGACGAGUUGAUUGACGUGCCCACGGUAGUUCCUGCGUGGGACGCUCAGAUUAUAGCAGAGUUUGAGAGGAAACAGCCCCAUUGUCUACGACCGCACAGCAUCGACGUCCACCCAGGAGUGGAGGCGACCGGUCGCGGGAUCCCACCGCCCCUGUGUAGAAAGCUGAUAGUCAGGCCCGAAACACUCCAGGACGAGCUGGACAGCAUGAAGCUGGCAGUGGGCACUCGAGCGGGCAUUCUGUGGCGCACUGCUCCCUCUGCAGCCACGCCAGCCACGAUCGUACGUAGUCUACAGCAAUCCGAUUUCGAGACACCGCAUGCAGAGGAACUCGCAGAUCUACUGAUCAGGAGCGUGUACGCUCAAGAGCUGGAAGCGACAGCGCUCAGCUGCCUGUCGGAACUCGAAAGCCAGCGCCACGAUGAUUUUGUCCGAGUGAUCGAAACACGCCUCUGGUCUCCACUCCACUGCUAUGCUGCCGGAGUGUUGGAAGUGCAAGAUACGACAUUGAAACAGCACCUCGAAGACUUCCUGACCAUCCACUUCAAAUCAGAUGCGAUACCCAGUACCAUUGCCAUCAUACGGGAUCAGGGCUUUCUCCACGACCGAACACGCAAGAAAGAAAGCGAGAAGCUCCAAAAAGCCACAGAGGAAGCCAAGGCCUUUUCCGACAUUCAAAAGUGCAUUACGAAAUUCUGCCACAAGCUGAAAGUUUCUCCCCCCAGCGAAUCGCAGAUUUUCGCCUCCAAGUCACUCACUGUUCAAGCCACGUGCAAAGCCAUGUCCAAACUGCAACGCGGCUCCGACGUCCUGCAAAACCUCAUAUGGAUCUUGCUGGCGACCAAUGGACCGGGGCUGUUUAUGAGUUCGGGCAAGGAUACGAGCCGCAUGAUCAAGCACUUCGAGGCAGUGUGUGAGGAUGCAGAGGUUGCGGGCAUGUUAGCAAUCUGGAGGGACAAGUUGAAGCAAGGCCUGGCAGAUGAGGAGGAUGUGAGGCAGAUGAGGGAGUUGGCCAAAGCGGCCGUGGAAGAGUAUGGACAGGGGGAGAAGAUGAUGGCCUAUGCGGGGACAUGAUUUUGCCGGUCGAGUGGCGUCUUUGGAAGAAGGAAAAAAAAAAGGAAUGUGGCACAGGCGGCGUUUGGACGAUCAGUGUCGCUGCCAUGGGAACGAAAUCGCACUCGAUUUCAUUGAUCUCAAGACCGUUUUAAAAAUCUACAAGAAGCCACUUCCAAUCACAAAGCUCGCAUCGUUGUUAAAGGCGGUGGCAGUGUCGUAAUCCAGCGGACCACCAUUGCGCGCGAUAUAGCCCGCAUUGUGAUAGUGGCGGAAGAAGCGUGUCGGGUAGCCCCAGGCACGAAUGGUAUUGCCCUGGCCAUUCAAGCCGGCCUGUCCACAGAAGGUGGCGUCCUCGUGGAACAGCUUGCUGUUAUCGUUCGCGGCCAAGGUCAAAAGGAACUUGGAAUGCCGAAUGAAGCUUCCCGGGGUAUCGACGGAUUCAAACGACACGCAACCCGUCGCAGUCGAUGCCAGAGGGGACCGAACAACGAAUUUGGCGGCGUUCUGGACUGAAGACGCAGAAGAGGAUGUGAUGACUUGAGUGUUGAUUGUGGUCCCGCUGUGGGCGAGAAAGCGGGUGUCGUAGCCGGGAGUGGUGGCACGAAGGGUGAUGGUGUUGCCAAUCUUGAUGGCGGGACCACUCGCCAGCGAGGUCGUCGCGUACUUGGCCGCGACGAUGUUGGCCUGGACAGACUUUUCCGUGGCAUCGGUGGGAAAGGCAGAGGUCAUGACGCCCUCGUAAAAGGUUCCUUGCGCGCCGUUACUGUUGUCGCCACCGAUGCCGAGGAGAAUGGCGCCUUCUUUGCUCAUCGGGUUGUACCCAUCGGCAUUGGGUCGGACGCCGUUGUAGUAGGUGGAGAGGCUCCCCGAAGCGGCAUUACCGCCUCGUAGAGCCCAGUUGUUGGGCUGGCCCUUGACGAUGGCGGUGAAGAAGCGGUCGGUGAUGGUGGGAUCGUUGGUGUUUUGUUUGACGUUGACACCGGAGAAGAGGCCGUUUUCCAGAUCGGCCAUCAGCCACGGUCCGUUUCCCGCGCCCGUGCCCCAGAUGGUGUUGGUGCCGUAGUAAAUGGCUUCCAUGUGGCCAUUGCCCGUGUCCAGAUUGUUCGUCUCGGCGUUGCCUGCAGAGGAGGAAUCAUUCAUCAUCAGUCACCCGUAUCUGCAUUGUGAUGAGGGAAAAGGGAACAACUUGAAUGUGGGUUCAUACCGUAGUCAAAGCAGCAGGCAUCAUUGUAGUGAGUACCAUCGAGGACGGCGUACAUGCCCUCGGAGCCAUCGCCAGUCGCGGUGCCACUGGGAUUGUUGAUACGGUAGCCGCUGCCCGGGUGAAUGAAGACGCCGUACGCCUUCUUCCCGUUCAGCGUCACGGGCGCGCCAAUUGCGCUGGCAUAUUGGUCGUAGCCGUUGGCUUCAGUGCCACUCGCAGCGCCACCGGGAGGAGCCUGGGUCAAGUGGUUCGCCCGCCCGCUCUGGUCGUAGAUGAUGGUGAUGAGGCAGGUAGUGCUGGUGCAAAAGGUGUCUUGGGUGGCAGCGUUGGCGACACUGCCGGCCGAGACAGGAGUGAUGUCGGUAGUUUUUCCAUCCGAAGCACGUGAGAUUUGGUACAGAGGGCCCUUGUAUGCAUCGUAGAGAGCACGUGUGGUGCUGUGUGCUGCCACACAAGGCGUAUUCCCCGAGGCGUAAAUGUCGCAUGGACCGGCGUGGACGAGAGCGCUGGCCGCCAGCAGGCUGAAGGCCAGUGGUGGAAGUCGUGGUCGUGAUGGGGAUAGCAUGGUUCAAUAUGGGAAGCCGAGUGAAUGAUCUGGAAUACUGGGGUGCUGCUCAUCAGUCUAUUUAUUGUCACUCCGCGCUCGAUCCUCUCCUGUGGGCUAAGGUGCUUUCAGGUGGAGUGUGGUUAUUGUGGUUGUUGUGGCGGCGGAUAAUCUGAUAGACAAUUAAUGCCGCCGUCUCCCUCCUCUGUUCAAGCAGCAGGCCAGCAAAGCCAUGCAUUGCUUGCUGUACUCUAAGCAUUGGAACAAGAAAUGAUAAGAUUGCGGGGCCCUCUGGCUUCUCGUGGUCCUGUUGGAGGAACAAUGUCGAUCUCCCGCCGUCUCUCGCCUACUGUAUAGUCAGUAGCUUCUAGCGUCCACGAGCGUGUAUGCUCUCGUCGUCUCGUGGACAACAGAGAGAGUAUAGCAGUGGUGGCGGGUGAAUCCCUUUCCACGAAUGAAUAUGCUUAAGUUUUGACUAUGCCCACGUCCAGCCCAGCCCAGCGGUGCAACCGGAAAGGCUGUUUUUUUUCCAUCAUCGGUAUUUCUGGUUACUUGAUGUGGUGGGAGCGGCCACUUUACAGUCACUAGGCUGAGCAACUUUGGGACGACCGGGAGGAAGUGAAUUGAAGUCGUGGCAGCCAUAAGGUACUGUGACCCGAUACUACUG